GCUGAUGCACCUAAUCCGGGACUCAUUCCAGAUGCAGAUGCAGUAGGUGUAACAGUUGUGCUAAUUACAUGCACCUAUCGAGGUCAAGAAUUUAUUAGAGUUGGUUAUUAUGUAAAUAAUGAAUAUACUGAGACAGAACUAAGGGAAAAUCCGCCAGUAAAACCAGACUUUUCUAAGCUUCAAAGGAACAUUUUGGCAUCCAAUCCCAGAGUCACAAGAUUCCACAUUAAUUGGGAAGAUAACACAGAAAAACUGGAAGAUGCAGAGAGCAGUAAUCCAAAUCUACAAUCACUUCUUUCAACAGAUGCAUUACCUUCAGCAUCAAAGGGAUGGUCCACAUCAGAAAACUCACUAAAUGUCAUGUUAGAAUCCCACAUGGACUGCAUGUGA